GGCCGCCAUUUCGAUUUGAAUUUACUGGUGGCGUCGCUUAAUUUCGUCAAGAUAAACACAUUCCAGUCUGGUGCAGUCAACUUCGAGUUCAUCUGAAACUCCAGGCGGCUAUUGGCAAAUAGUCAUGCCUUUUAAAUAGAACGUCAACGCAUUUCUGGACGCCAAUAUCAAACAGCAAACAUCACUACAUCUGAACUCAACAAAACGGGUCAUGGAUAGCCACAACUUCGCGUCGUUUAAGGCGGAAAUCCUGGAGAUGACAGCGGAGAAUGUGGACUUGCUGCACGCUAUGUGGUUGCGCAUCUUCGACACAAAGACCUGUGGCGAAUUUCUGCACAGGCUGAAGGAUCACGCGCAAACCUUCUACACUGAUUUGCUGAACGAGUCGCGCGAAAAGCAGCAGACAAUCAUCGACGAGAUCGCCGGCCUGCGAGCUGAAGCCAGAGACCUAACGCGCCUGCUCCACGAGUCUGUGGACAUCGGUGAGCGGCCAGAUGACGUCCCGCUGGUCAUCUGGCAGCUGAAGCUGGACAAAAGCAUCGAGCAUCUGCGCGAGGAACUGGGCAGGCGCCGCGCUGAGAUUUGCGAGCUGCUGCUCCAGCAGGAACAGCUAUGCGAGGAACUGGGAGAACUGCCCUUGCCCCUGCUGGCAGAUCCUCUGCCUCUGCCGGAGGAGAUGGACGCGUUCCGGGAUCACCUUGAGCGGCUGCGCACCCAGCGAGUGUUGCGCCUUAAAGAAAUGGACCAGCUGCGCCAGAGCAUCAAGCACAACAUGAAGUUGCUGGAGUGUCUGCCGCAGACGGACCAGGAGGAGCGCCUACUGAAUCAGGUGGAUCACUGCCUCACGCCCGAGACCUUUGAGCGUUUGCGUCGAAUGCAUAAGGAACUCUCCGACCAAAUGCAGGAGAUGCGUGAGCGAAUUGACGACAUGCGCGAAAAGAUUCGUGUUCUGUGGGAGCGUCUGCAGGAGACGGACGAAUAUGCCAUGCGACGGGUGCGAGAGGCGACCGAAUACACACAGUACACGUACGACGUUCUCCGAGAGGAGCUUCAGCGAUGCCAGGCCCUCCGAAGGCAGAACCUUAAGAUAUUCAUCGAACAGCUCCGCGUCGAGAUCAAUAAGUGGUGGGAUCUAACCCUUAAGAGCCCGCAGGAGCGCAAGAGGUUCUCCAACUACUACAACGACUGGUACAAUGAGGACCUGCUGGAGCUUCACGAACUGGAACUGGACGACCUCAAGAGCUUCUAUGAAAAUAACAAGGAGAUAUUUGAUCUGUACGAAAGCCGGGCGGAGUUAUGGGCGCGCAUGGAGGCGCUGGAGGCCAAGGCCAGCGAGCCCAACCGCUUCAACAACCGCGGUGGUCAACUGCUUAAGGAGGAGAAGGAACGCAAGGCCAUUACAUCCAAGCUGCCCAAGAUCGAGCAGCAAAUCACUGAGCUGGUGCAGGCGUACGAGGCCAAGGAGAACACCCCGUUCCUGGUGCACGGCGACAACAUCUUAGAGCGCAUGGCCGCCGACUGGGAACGCCAUCGCCAGGCCAAGCUACUGAGCUCCGCUCGCAAAAAGGCACCGACCACAGCGUCGGCCAGCAAGAUCAUGCCUCCGCCCGCUAUGGGCUCGACAGCUCCUCGCACGCCACGCACGUUGCGCAAUAUGUCGGCCAUGUCCAGCUCAACUAUGUCUCUCCGGAAGACACCUUCAACACAGCAUUUACGCCCGUUGAACGUCACCAAGAGCACGGGCAACUUGCACAAGCGCCUCAAUCCAUCUGGCAUAGUUCCGCCUGGUCCGAAGACACCGAACGCCAAGCGUAGCCUGAUCGGUUCUCUAAACGCCGUAAAGGGAUCACCAGCUGUGCGCAGCAGCAGCCAACGCUUGUUGGCCGUUGGUCAGCCCCACAACCAGUUAAAGGCCAGUAAGUCACCUCUGAAGCGGGUGCGCGUCCUUGAGACAACACUACGUCGCAGCGGCGGCAUGGGCAGACGAAGCAUUGGAACGCGUGCAAGCAAGAAACCACGCACCAGGACCACAGAGAAGGAAAACACACAAAACGGGCCGGACGACUACACCACGGAUGAUAACUCCGACCAGGGGGUAUCCUACGAAGAAUUCCAGCCUCCCGGCCGCUCUUCAAUGCUUCCGCGUCAGCGUCUUCAGGCGCCACGGAUGAUGCGCCACGCGGUAGCCACCACCAUGCAGCGUCAGCUGGAGGAGGAGGAGCACCAGCAGGAGCCACGCGCCAGGAACACCCCACCGUCGCCUCGGGAGAGCCUGAUGGUGGUCCAGCCGCGUCGACAGUUUUAGAGAGACAGUUCCCCAGGACAUUUACUUAAUUUUAGUUAGCACGUACCUUUACUACUCGGUUAACAGUUCGUGUUUCCCUUGUUUGCACUGCACUUUAUGUUCUGUUUUAUCAUUAAAUUCUGUUUGCUAACUAAUAAUAA